AUGGCUCGAGGAUUGAAGAAACACUUGAAGAGGCUCAAUGCCCCGCGGCACUGGAUGCUUGACAAGCUCGGGGGAGCCUUCGCCCCGAAGCCGUCCCCCGGGCCGCACAAGGAGCGCGAGUGCCUGCCGCUGGCGGUGAUUCUGCGCAACCGGCUCAAGUACGCGCUGACGUACCGCGAGGUGAACGCCAUCGUCAUGCAGCGCCUCAUCGCCGUCGACGCCAAGAUCCGCACCGACAAAACCUUCCCCGCCGGCUUCAUGGACGUGGUGUCGAUUGCGAAGACGGACGAGAACUUCCGUCUGCUGUACGACAGCAAGGGCCGCUUCACGCUGCACCGCAUCACCCCCGAAGAGGCCAAGUACAAGCUGUGCCGCGUGCGCGCGCAGCGCGUGGGCGAGCGCGGCAUUCCGUACAUCGUGACGAACGACGGGCGCACGAUCCGGUACCCCGACCCGGUGAUCAAGGUGAACGACACGGUGAAGCUGGACCUGGAGAGCGGCAAGGUCGUCGAGCACAUCCACUUCGACACCGGCAACCUCUGCAUGGUCACCGGUGCGUUGAAAGGCAACCUCUGCAUGGUCACCGGUGAGUAG